CGGCCCUCUAUGCGGUGAGAUGGCGUCGGAGCUGGCCAUGAGCGCGGCGGACUUGCCCACCAGCCCGCUGGCCAUCGAGUACGUCAACGACUUCGACCUGAUGAAGUUCGAGGUGAAGAAGGAGCCGGCCGAGGCGGAGCGCUUCUGCCACCGCCUGCCGCCGCCGGGCUCGCUCUCCUCGACGCCCAUCAGCACGCCCUGCUCCUCCGUGCCGUCGUCGCCCAGCUUCUGCGCGCCCAGCCCCGGAGGGCAGCCGCCGACGGGCCUCGCCCACCCGGGAGGCGGCGGCGGCGGGGGCGGCGGAGGCAACCCCGGAGGGGCGUCGGGCAAGGCCCAGCUGGAAGAUCUCUACUGGAUGUCCAACUACCAGCACCACUUGAACCCCGAGGCGCUGAACCUGACGCCCGAGGACGCCGUCGAGGCGCUCAUCGGACACCACCAUCAUCACCACCACCACCAGGGGGGCUACGAGGGCUUCCGGGGGGGCCAGCCGUUCCCCGGCGAGGAGCUGGCCCCGUCGGGCCACCACCACCCUCACCACCACCACCCGGGGCACCACCACCAUCACCCGGGGGCCGGGCACCACCCUCAUCACCAUCACCUGCGCCUGGAAGACCGCUUCUCCGACGACCAGCUGGUGUCCAUGUCGGUGCGCGAGCUGAACCGGCAGCUGCGCGGCUUCAGCAAGGAGGAGGUGAUCCGCCUCAAGCAGAAGCGGCGGACCCUCAAGAACCGCGGCUACGCGCAGUCGUGCCGCUACAAGCGCGUCCAGCAGCGGCACAUCUUGGAGAACGAGAAGUGCCAGCUGCAGGGCCAGGUGGAGCAGCUCAAGCAAGAGGUCUCCCGCCUCGCCAAGGAGCGGGACCUCUACAAGGAGAAGUACGAGAAGCUGGCCGGGCGCACCUUCGCCGCCGCCGCCGCCAGGGACCCGUCGCCCGCCCAGGGGGGACCCGCGUCGGGCAAGCCGCCCUCCGCCGACUUCUUCAUGUGAAGGCGCGACGGCGCGGACGGGACUGGGGGAGCCCCCGCCCCACCACCCCUCGAGGACAAGGAAGAAAGCGGUGGGGUGGGGGGCGUGCGAGCCCCUGUGGAUUGCCCUCCUCUCCCGCGCCCUCCUCGCUCGCCUCCGGAGAGAAGUUGUAAAUACCCGAAGGGGCACACCGCCUCGCGGUUGCUUUCUUGGGGAACCCAGGUCGCCACCCCCACCCCGGGACAGAGGGGAAACCAGACCUGAAGUGGAGGUGGGGUGGGGAGAAAGACCCUCUCUCCACCAAGUCCGCCCGCUCCACCUUCCUUGCACUGACUGCGUUCAUACCUUUUUUCUAUGUACGAAAGCCGACUUGAAUUCUUCUUUCUCUUUCCUCGCGCCCUCCCGACUUCGUACUGACUGGCUCUCCUUCCUCCUCUAUCCCCCUCUUCCCACUUGCCCUGCCCUCCCGCACCUCUUGAUGCCUCGUCUUUCAUCCGCUUAGUCCCUGGCGCGUUCGCCCCGUCGGCUGGCAAAGGAGGCGCGCGGACUUGUACAUUUCCUCGCGGGGACGGACGGACGCGCUCCGGGGGGCAGGCACCUUUUUUUUGGCAAGAAGGAGGAAGGACAACUUUUCUGUCUCCCCCACCUCAACGUAAACCAAACGAAAGCGCCGGAGCAGGCAAGCCCCCCGCCUCCAAAUAGCCCUCGACGUGAAGAAGCAGCAAUAGGAUUCUGGCGACCAAGGACAGCGCCGUUGGAGAGGGGUCCCCAACUUCCCUCGUCCUUUCCUUCUUUCCUUCCUUGGAGAGCCCGAGGCGGCCCUCGUCCUGCCGCGGCGCCCGACCGGCUCUCCUCCGCCUCCUCGACCUCCUUCUCUCCGCAUUCCUGCAUGCCGGACAUGUAUGGGAUUUCAGUAAAAUCUCUCCCCCAAACCCGCCCCGUCCCUUACGAGAACAGAAGAGGGGAAAGCAUGAACCAGUUGUUCUCCCCGCCCCUCCCCAAACUUUGUAUUUUACGUCCAGAAUUUCCCCCCUCUCCCCCUCCUUUUCGGUGCAUCUUAAACAGAAUCUGAUAGUCUUAAAAAAAAAAAAGAUUUUGCAAAGUGAUAUUUUCCGCCUCCCUCCUCUCCUGAUGGAACAGUGAUGCUCAAAUAACGCUGGACCUUUUUUCCCCUUGCGAGGACCACCUCCGCAAUCUGGGUUGAGUUUACUUGCCUUUUUAAUUCCCCUCCUUUUUUUCUUAAUUAUUAUUUUUGUCUGUGUGCGUUUUUUAUUUAAAAAAAAACCAAACCAACGGGGAACUGAGCCAGACUUAACUUAUUUAAGGUGUCCACUUGUACAUAUUAGUAGGUCUUUAGUUCCUUUCUUCUCUUCCUCCUCCUCCUGCUCUCCCACUGCCCAGUCUUAUCUUCUUGACCCUUUACUUUGCUUGGUGACUUUAAAAGGAAAAAAAAGAAAGAAAACUUUAAAAAAACAAACACGAGUCUUAAUGAAAGUUUGUAUGUAAUAGCAUGCAAAUAAUAUAAGAAUUAAUUUAACGAUGUUGACAAAGCCGAAUGCACUAUAUACAGUAAUCAAUUGGAUUAAAUAAUGCUGUUUGUUUUAUAGAGAUUUAAAAUUAUCUAUGCUGUUUAAAACAAUAUUGGGGGAAAGAAAAGUAAACACUCUUAAAGACAAUUUGAAAGGCAAUAGAGUUAAUAUAUGAACUGCAAUCUGUUGGCUGCUAUAUAAUAAUAUUACUAAUACUAUGCACCAGAAUUAUUUAUUAAAUUCCAAGGAAACGAAAUAACGGUUUGAACCUUGAUUUAUAAAAUGCACACUUUAUUUAUUGCUAAUAAUGAUGAUAUUAAUAAUAAUACAAACAAACAAAAAAAUGCAAUUGUGCUUUUGGGUGAAGGCUUAACUGAUUCACAGCUGGGCUAUUUUUUUUAAGAUAAAAGUUGUUUGUUUAAAAAGAGGACUCUUAGGAAUAAGUAUCUUUAAAGCAUAUGGGUAUUUCUCAAAACCCGGCACAAUUUGUGAAAUUUUGGAACCUGGUGCAUUUUUAGGUGCAAGGCAUUUUAAAUGAAAUUUCAAUUUCUGUGGUUUUUAAAACACUGUUGCAUCCAGAUACAACCAAUUUCAUCUCCAGAGCUUCGAUACGGUUCUUAAUUUUGUCCCCACAUCCUGCUCUUGAGCCAUGCAGGCUGUUGCAACCUCAAACCAACUGAAUAUUUAUAUAUAUAGAUAUAUUUUUGUUUGUUUGUCAUGAAUUGUUUCUUCUUUGUGUUUCAGGCAUCAGUGCAAAAAGCCUCCUUCUAGCUUUCAUUUGCUACGAAACAAAAAUAAAUCUCUUUAGACAUA